CACGUUGACCCCUCACUUCCUCGCCCCGAACAAAUCGCCUCCCUCAACCUUUGCCCCUCCACUCCUCGUCCGCCCCGCGCAUUCUAUCAAUCUUGUCCCCCCUCCCCUUCUCUCCGUCCCAUACGCUGAUUCCAGUCCCCUCCACCUCCGUCCCAGCCCGCAUCUGCCUGAUCUUUUGAGAUCUUUCCGGAGGCUAGUGUUCGAUCUUGGUCUGUGUCUUGGCGCCGAAGUUUUCUUCAUUGGGUCUUGCGGUGAUUUGUGCUUGUUGCGGUUUUCUUCCUCAACGACGGUGGGUGUGUGAUUUCUUCGCGUCGGGGGAAGUUUGAGGUGAUUUUCCCUCGGAAGCGAGGACUUUUCUGCCGGAGUUCGGGUUGGUGAACGGAGGGUUGUAGUUUUCAAGAAGCGGGAGCACCAGCGGUUGGAUUUCGUUGCCGCUCUCGGUCUCUUGCAAGAACUUCGUUGGGGUUUUCUCACGGCAAGGCUUGUGAUUGUCACCUCUUCGAGCCUUGGGGAAGAGUGAUUUGUGUUGUUUAUCGGAAGCUUACGAAGUUCUUGUCUCUGCUCGGCAGGCCGCCAUUUGGACUAUUUUCCUCGGUGUGCCACCCUUCGAUUACGUUGUUGAGUUCCAUCUGUCCUCUUCCGAGUCUCUUUUAGGUCCGCCACUUUGGCGUUAGCAACUGUAGCAGUCAUAUUCUCCGAAUCCUCGUCUCUUUCCUAGUCUUAUACAUUCUGCAAAAUUUUGGUUGUACGGUUCUCCACGGCGCUGGCGAACCGACUCGCACCGCCUUGAAUGGUGGAGUUUCUCUGAUACUUUUUGAACUCUAGCUGUCACCGAGGCUUAUUAUUUCUCCAGACACUUGAUGGAAGGAACGACUUUGAGACAGCUCACUGUUACAGCUGCCUUGAGUUUGCAUCUCUCAAGAAGCUUUUGAGUCUUAAGGCUGCCGUGUUAAGUCUAGGUUUUGCUAAGCGUUGUCAGGCAUUUCUUGGGUCAAGUAGAUUAGACGGAAUCGCUUCAGUUUGUAGGGUUCCAAAGUGCAAGAAAGGGUCAGCCACCUGAUUCCAUGGUGACCACAUUGGCUAGCUCUGGGCUGUCGGACUUGAAGAAUAUGAAAGUGCAAGAAUUGCGAGAUCAACUUGCUGCUCGUGGUCUGGAGACCACGGGUUUGAAAGCUACUCUGAUUGAGAGGCUAGAGGCGUCUUUUCCGAAGGUUGUUGACAGUGGAGAGGCGAUCGAGGAAGGCGAGGCGAAGAAGGAACUGGAAAUUGACAUGAACGCGGAAGCCGCUGUAGGUGCCGGCGUGGAGAAGACGGAGGUAGAAAAGCCAGUAGACGUUAAACUAUCCGGCGAAAAUGGUGCAGAAUCCACGGCGGAGCCUGGGGCCGAUGCCAAGCCCGUUGCCGAUGUCGUUGACGCUGCAAAUGGAGCGACGGAGGAAGUUUAUACUGCCACUGUAGAAACGGUUGCUCAGGAAGGUACAGGCAAGCCUCUCACGUCCGAUCUGGAAAGAAAGCAGAAGCGCGCAGAGCGUUUUGGACUUGAGCUCAUGGUGUCCGAGAUUGAGAAGAGACGGUUGCGGGCUGCUAGGUUCGGUGGGUCUCCGAAAAACGGAACGGAUAAAAGUUCUGAGAAGACAACCGUCCAGCAAGAGUUCAGCAAAAUGAGUCCUACGGUGAAGGAAAUGGAAGCUGUGAAGAGGAAGGCCAGGGCUGCAAGAUUCGGAAUUGAUGAAGUUUCGGAGAAGGCUGCAGCUGGUGGCCCUGUCACGUCUGCCGCUCCGGCAGGCGUUGAUGAUGCAAAGAAGAAAGCUAGGCUCGCGAGAUUUGGUCUGACAGUAAAACUGGACUCUCAAGAACAGGAAAAGAAGAAACUAAGAGCUGCAAGGUUCGGACUCGAAGGGCAAGGUGAUGCUAAAGUAGAGGCGGCCAACAAAGUAGCUGUUGCACCUCCUGCCGCGAGCUAAUUUGACUAAGAUGGCACUCAUCAUGGAUUGGCGUAUGUUCAGCAUCAUUCCGGCAUCAUAUCCAGACCAAAAUUAUGGACCGUACAGGCGUAGUAGGUUAUUUAGGAAAGGAGAGGGGCAGUAGAGGGAUGAGGGUUAUUUGGUUGGUACGUAGGUCUAAGGGAUGGGUAUUACGCAUUUUGGUUGCUGAAGUUCUUUAGCCUUGGCUGCUGUUGAAGUUUAUAGUCUGCAUGGCGCCAUGAAGCCAGUUUUCCUGCUUGCUCUUUUUCUGUUGGAAGAUGUCUGAGGAGUGCUGUGGAAUGGUCACUCUUAGUGGUUGCGUUUUUUUGCUGAGAGUAACUUCAUGGUAGGUGUCUUACUCACGAAGUUGAUGUCGUUCAAAACUUACCGAUGGGUCUGAAGAGUCAUCAUUUGUUUUGCCUCGAUGGGUAUUCCUGUUGCUCCGUUAGGCUCUGACUGCAGAAUGAAUGAUUAACAGUGGUCGUAAAUGUGUGUUCAUGGUCUCUCUAUCAUUUGUAAGCACAUGAUGAGGACCACAUCCGUGCCUGGUGUCUUUUCUCUUGCUUUCUCUUUUGGACUGGAUGCGUAGACGUCGUUAUUCUGAUGAUAGAAAAUGCCCAGCGACCGUCCCUUACCUGAGCUUGGACCUGUUGCCGAACGGAUCGCUGCGCAAUCUGUCUAGUUCAACCUUAUUAUUUGCUGUGCCCAAAGGGCCAUGCAAAUCAGCCGGUUGUGGCGUGAGUCCUGAACCUAGUUCCUUAUUCGUGUAGACUACGGACUUUUCUGCGUUAUAUCGUGACAAUUCCUGCCUGGCCCCCUGCCCAUGGUCUGUCUUCCUGUUCUGCGCAAGUGAGAGUGGAAUGAAUCUGUUUUUGAAGUAGGCUUCGUGCUUAUGAUGUUGUUGGUAUGCCGGUCCAGACCUUGCAUUCAUACAUGGGGAGAGCUGAUUAGAAGUCGAGGAUAUAGUGUAGGUAGUAAACAGGUAACAUGAUGUUCUUGACAGGUAAAGGUUACUGUACUUAUGUACAAUAUGAAUUCUCCACCUCGGUGGCUUGGUUCAAGACUUUUCAGCGUGUCCUGGUCAUUCAGCGCCGGACACGUACUGGCUACAAUGUACCGUAAAUUCUCAUCGUGAAAGGCUGUUAGAGAGUGCUGCCGCAGUCCAGAGCUUAAGAGCUCUUAUCAGCGGUCCUGAAUUUUCUGAUGAUGGUUUUGGUUUUCAUGCGCGAUUUGUCUUUGUUGUCAAGAGUAGACUUGAAAGCGUAAGACUUUCCGACGUACAUUGAAUGUUCACUUGAUACUGUGAAGGUCGAGUCUUGAAAGAGAAG